AUGUCGGUUACGAAAUGGAGAGUGCGACCUGUGAAGUUCUUUGAAUUAGAUUGGAAAAUUGAAAAGGUUCAUAGUUCCCUUUCCUCCUCUAUUGCCAUGGCCAGCCCCCUUAGUUUGCAAACGUCCGACGGUGGUACAAGCAGUCAUAUGUUCCUUAGUGAACUCCGUGAAGGGAGCACCGGACCUAUCAUGAUAAUGGUUUGUAGAAAAUGGGACGUGAAAAGUGUUAACGGCAGGUACAUGAGCACCGACUAUAUUGUCACUGACAUAAAGAGAGGUGUGAUGCAUUGCACCGCAAGGAAUAACAUUGCCCACUAUUUCUUUGACAAACUCAAAGAGGGCGGUGUAUAUUUGGUCAACGGUUUCGCCGUGCAACCUACAAAUCAGUAUCGGGUUCUUAAAGACAACCCCUUUGUGAUCGUAAGGCCUGCUUAUGCAGAUUCGGAUUCAGAAGAAACAGUUGACAGUGACCGACAUGAAAGUCAGUUGGCUGGUGAUGGGAUUGGGGAUGACGAUGGCUUGCAUUUGAUAUUUUCUCAUGAACAAUUGUUGGAUACCCAAAUGAUGGAUGUGCAAGUUCAUAGUUCCCUUUCCUCCUCUAUUGCCAUGGCCAGCCCCCUUAGUUUGCAAACGUCCGACGGUGGUACAAGCAGUCAUAUGUUCCUUAGUGAACUCCGUGAAGGGAGCACCGGACCUAUCAUGAUAAUGGUUUGUAGAAAAUGGGACGUGAAAAGUGUUAACGGCAGGUACAUGAGCACCGACUAUAUUGUCACUGACAUAAAGAGAGGUGUGAUGCAUUGCACCGCAAGGAAUAACAUUGCCCACUAUUUCUUUGACAAACUCAAAGAGGGCGGUGUAUAUUUGGUCAACGGUUUCGCCGUGCAACCUACAAAUCAGUAUCGGGUUCUUAAAGACAACCCCUUUGUGAUCGUAAGGCCUGCUUAUGCAGAUUCGGAUUCAGAAGAAACAGUUGACAGUGACCGACAUGAAAGUCAGUUGGCUGGUGAUGGGAUUGGGGAUGACGAUGGCUUGCGUUAG